ACCGCACGACUUGAACUGUAGUUUCCAUGCAUCAUCCUAAUAAUAUUAGUUCAGCAUAUCGGAUCUCUUUGGCCUGUCGCACGAUUGUAUAUAGUGAAAAAGACAUUUGGCAAACAAAAAAUUUUCACCAAUAGAAGGAACACAUGAACCGAAGGACAGCUGGGGAAGACGCUAGUUGGUUGAUUUGGGCGGUUUCAGAAUGGGUUGGGUUAGGUUCAGGCGUCGAGGAGGAUUGAGGUUGGCUUUAAGACAAGCGUUUCUGCUUGGAAUAUCGGUAUGCUUUCUCUUUGGAAUACAGAUUCGAGAUUGGAUGAGCCCACCAUCGGAUGUCACUAAUGAAUCAAGAUUGGGCGCAAGGCACCGUGAGAAGAAUGGGUUGCUGCAGUCCAGUUCCAGACGGCGACUUCUGAGUGAACCCGAUGCUUACAAUAAUGCUGAAAAUGGCAGUGCCACCAAUAACAGCGAGGAGGAGUGCACACCAGCUGCAUAUCACGAGUUUCCACGCGAUGUAUUCACAUCUACGCAACGUGCCCAAGGCGCAAUUAUUAUCCACUGUCUGGUACUGGCAUAUAUGUUUGUUGCCCUGGCCAUAGUGUGUGACGACUACUUUGUGGCAUCAUUGGAUAGAAUAUGUGAGAAACUCCAUCUGAGCGCGGACGUCGCAGGAGCCACCUUCAUGGCUGCCGGCAGUUCUGCUCCUGAGCUCUUCACGUCUAUCAUUGGCGUUUUUGUCACCCGUGGCGAUGUAGGCGUGGGGACUAUUGUCGGGUCAGCAGUAUUCAACAUUCUUUUCGUUGUCGGAAUAUGUGCCUUACUGGCGGGACAGGUGGUACCUCUAUCUCACUGGCCACUGAUAAGGGACUGCACAUUUUAUUCUGUAUCAGUAAUCAUUUUGAUUGCGGUAAUUUCAGAUAGUUUCGUCAAAUGGUAUGAAUCGGCCAUCAUGUUAUUUGUAUAUCUACUCUACAUUCUUGUGAUGAGAUUUAAUAGUACGAUAUACAGCUGGUUAUCAAACAAAAUAGGAGCUUAUUUAGGAUGGGGAGAGGAGACCCAUAGUAUACUACCUCGGGAGAAAGAUAUUUCUUUUCACGGUAGUUAUGAACGAUUUAAUGAUGACAUAGAUGACACCGAGGACCCCAAAUCACCAAGACUCUACGAUGUGAUACAUGUUGAUGAUUACGUAGCCAAAAGCAAAGUCAAAUGGAGUUUCGCAGCCUUUGUCUUUCGUUUUCUAAUACAGAAACGAUUUCGCACGAAAACAAGAUUUAUAAACGCCGUGCGACUGGUUGUCCUUCAGAGGCGAGCUUUGCUCAUGGAUGCGGCUUUUUUGAAGAGACACAGGUUCAAGCACUUGACCUACGCUAGUACUCUCUCAGCGUACAGUAACAGGGCGCUCAAAAACUCUCUGCAAACAUGUCUAACUAUUGACGAAGCGGAAGAAGAAGAUACCUCAGUCGAAUGGCGCACUUUACCACCCAAAGGAACAGACUGGUGGUGUUAUAUAACAUGGGGUCUGGUAUAUCCACUGCGCACAUUACUUUACUACACCAUUCCUGACUGCAGGAAAAAACGCUGGGAGCGCUGGUUCAUGCUCACGUUUACCGUCUCAAUCAUUUGGAUCGCUAUGUUUUCCUACAUGAUGGUGUGGAUGAUGACAUUGGUGGGUUUUACCCUGCACAUACCUGACAGCAUUAUGGGGAUAACGUUCAUCGCAGCAGGGACCAGUAUUCCCGAUGCCAUGGCCAGUAUUAUAGUGGCUAGGCAAGGCCUUGGAGACAUGGCGGUAUCGAACACAAUUGGCAGCAACGUAUUCGAUGUCCUGAUUGGCCUGGCGUUCCCAUGGUUCCUCAAAACUGCCAUGAUACAUGCAGGAUCUAUGGUACACAUCAACAGCAACGGCCUGGUGUUUGCAGUAGUGCUGCUAUUCCUCACUGUUAUAGUUACGAUAGCAGCUAUACACUUUGUAGGAUGGGUGCUCAACAAGAAACUAGGGAUUAUCUGCAUCUGCGUUUACUGUCUUUUUCUCACCUUUGCCAUAAUGAUAGAAUUCAACGUUUUUGGUUACGUCAACCCGCCGACGUGCACAGAAUGA